GACGGUAAUCAGGAUGGCGUCGUGGAUACAUCUGAGAGGUUGUUUUUAGCUGUAUAAGAGCUCGAAUUUUUUUUUUUCCCAAAACACCGACGAGAAAAUGCACAGCGAGAAGAAAUUAACCAAGGAAGACACAUGGAGACCCGCUGAGCUGAGAAAACACAUCAGGGACAAAGACAACAGGGAUGGCCAUUCUAGACGCAGAGACGACGAUGAGAGAAAGCACCGUGGCGGCCAAUCCGUAGAGAGACGGCACAGAGAUCCAGUGGAGUCCAGACCAGAGAGAGACAAGGAGAGAGACCGAAGACAUGGAGACAGCAGAGACAGACAGAGGAAAGACGGCUCCCAUGAUAGGAGAGGCGACAAAGACCGGGGGAGAAGAGAUGACGAGGACAGGAGGAAACGGGCAGAUGACGGUAGAGAUAGAAGGGAAACGGCGCCAGGCAAAGAGGACUUGAGGGAAAGGGAGAGGCAUAGGGACAGACACAAAGAUAAGGAGAAAGAGAGAGCAAAAGUAAAGGAGAAACACCCGGAGGAGGACAGGGACAAAAGGAGAGAGGACAGAGAGAAGGAAAGACGGCGAGAAGAACAGGAAAGGGAGCAGAGGAGAGAGAGAAGGCGACGUGACGAAAGCGACGAAGUCAGGAGAGAUCCGACUGAAAAGCUGCACAGAGAGCCCAGGGACAGGAAACACAGAGGCGAGCAUGAAGACAAGAGAAGAGACCGAGUCGUUCAAGAAGACAGAAGGCGGACAGAAGACAGAGAAUAUAAAGAAGAAGUCAGGCGGCACAAGGAGGAACGAGAAAGACGACACAAGGAGAGAAGACGCCACGAUGAGACGCAUAAGCACGACAGCGCAUCCAGGGAACGCCAGGACUCGAAACAAUCCGCAGACGACGUACGGAGUUCCCGCGGCGACAGGGAGCGAACGGAGAGGGACAAACACAAAGAGAGGCGUAAAAAAGAGGAGGAGACGGACAUAGAGAGAAGACACAAAGAGAGGGGACACAGAGAAGCAGAGGACGAGGACGUGGAGAGAAAUCAUAGAGCGAGGAGCGGCUCCAAGAAGUCCUCCUCCGGCAAAAGUCCGACAUACGAGAAGAGGGAGGAAGACUCAAACCCACAGACAGCAGGUGGGAAAAAUGGAGAGGAGAAGGCUGAAAAGGCAGAUUUGGCAGAGCAGGAGUAUGAAGAGGAUUUUGAGAAACUGGAAUACGAGGAGGACUUUGAAGACGUGGAGGAGAGUGCUGAUGAAGGGGAGGACGGGCCCGACGUGGAUGAUGGGAAGGAGGGACCGCCUGCACAAGCGAGUAAAGAGAUUGAGGCGAUCCGCAGAGCCAUGGCUGAAGAGAACGAGAGAGCCGGAUCCGCCCGGUCCAGGCACAGUGCGGUUAGGGAGGAGCAGGAAGACAAACCCGGCGGAUCUGAAGGUUCUGAAAGGAAUCAGGGUGAAACCUCCCGGCGCGGUAAAUUCAUCGACUUUGUGGCGGCGAAGCAACGUGAAGUCAGCCAGAAAGUCGCCACAAGACAGAAGAAGCGAAGCACGGAGCUGCUUCGUCUGAUCGACCUGGACGUCACCGCCACCUUCUCCCUCCUGGAUCUACCGCCUGUCAGCGAAUAUGAGAUGUACAUCAAGAGCUUCGGAAACGCCAACGCCAAGCAGGCUUACGUCCAGUGUAACGAGGACGACACAGAUCGAGACGUCCAGACGGAGGAAAUAGAGAUGUGUGAAAAGUGGACUCAGCAUCCCCCUGAAUACAGCGGAGCCUGUGGAGAUCCGAACCCCUCUCAGGAGGCGCGAGACAAAACCCGCGGUGAACUCGUCCUGGAUUCCCAACGCCUGAUGUCGUUCCUGCGCUCAGCCUCACAGGUCAUGGUGGUGCUGCUGGAGGAAGAUCAAGCCGAGAGGAAGUCCCUAAGAAAGCUGAAGACUCAGAAAGAUUCCCUUUCGUUCAGCGACGGAAGUUUACAGCUCAACGCCAAGUUGCCUUUUCUUUUAGGUCGACAGAUCAGCCUGGUGCACUUCUCUCCGGCCCAGAAGCACACCAUGCUGUCCGUGCACACGCCCACCGCCACAGCCAGCGCCGUCCGCCUCGACAGCUGCGCCGUCGUCUGCGUGUGGAACAUCUGGGAGCCGUCCAGACCUCAGCAGAUACUCGUCUAUGGAUCAGAGGUUCAGUGUUGCUGCUUCAGCCCAGGAAAGUCCAGUCUGGUGUUUGCAGGAACGCCGGUCGGUUCUGUGGUUCUGUGGGACCUGAGGGAGCAUUCCAGCACCCAUUACAGAUUAAAGAUCGGUGAGGACGACUGGACCUUCAGGCACCCUACCUUCUCCACUGACGCAGUGAUGUGCGGCUCCGGCCACGUCUCUCCUGUCACCUCUGUAGAGGUCGUCCCCUCCUUCGCAGCCGGACGGCUGAGGCCAGAGCUCCCACCUUUGGCCUCUGAGGAAGAAUCAUCUGGAUUGUCGUUCCAGCUGGCCUCUCUGGAUGAAAGCGGGCUGUUGAAUUUCUGGGUGGUGGUGGAGCUGCCCAGAGGCAACGAGGCGGGCUCUCCUACAGAUCUAGGUCUCCGUCCUGGGGGCAAAGUGAAGCUGCUUCACAGCUCCUCCCUCCUCACUGUUCAGAGGCCGUCACUGAGAGAGGCAGCGAAAACCAAACCAUUUCAGACGCUGCUACUAAAAUACCAUCCGACAGACUCCAACCAGUUCUUCAUCGGCACCAGUCUGGGUCUGGUCAGCCACGGGACGAGUCACGGUUUGAAGGCUCCGCCGCAGUUUUACAGGUUUCAGGAGGUGGACGAAAGAACUGCUGACGUCAGCGCAAUCCACUUUUCUCCUUUCAGACCAAACCUGUUCCUGGUUGGCUGUGCGGACGGCAGCAUCAGGCUGCACGCAGUCAGCCACGAUCGGCCUCUGGCAGAAUGGAUGAACAGCACCGCUGGCGAAGCGGUGGUCUCGCUGCAGUGGGCCCAGACCAGGCCCGCUGUGUUUUGUGUGUUCGACGCGGCCUCUAACCUUCACGUAUGGGACAUGUUGAAAGACGACGCACAGCCUGUUCUGACGGAGAAAAUGACUGCCGAUAGGGUUACCGCUAUGGCUGUGUUUGGAGACUCACGACAACAGAACACGUACUCAGGAAUCGCGCUGGCACACGAGUCAGGAAAUAUAGAGCUGCGAUAUUUCACUCAAACUCUGACGGUGCCCAGCCCUGCAGAGGAGGGAAAGCUGGAGAGUUUAUUGACUGAAGCCUUUUGAGACGCUGCGUCUUGAAUGGCCGACCUCAUACUGAUGAGGGGCCACUUUGGUGUUACCUUAAAGCUUCAAUGCAAUUACAACUACAGAAGGAGCAAAACGUUCAACUAAUACAACUUUUUUAGCCACCACCUAAUGUACUUUGAGACAUAAAUUAAGGUGUUUUAUUUCCUUAUUUUAUUGUUUAAGUCCAUUAUACAUGGAGUGGAUAUAACCCUAGUUAUGAAGGGAAUGAUAAUGUAUUGAUUGUCCUUACUUUAAAAAGAAGACUGUACAUGUUUGGAGAUAUACAGAAAAUAUUUAUACUUUUUGCCUAUAAAAUAUUUUUCUUAUAAAGUUUGUUAUUUUUCAUUAAACUGACUACAUCUGUAUAUAU